AUGCCACGGAGCUCUAGAGGGGCCUCACGGUCACGCUCAAGGACGCCGCGCCGCGCCACAUCUCUCACACGUGUCAGAGCGCCAGAGCCUAAACAGGCCACACCACUUAACCCGCGAACGGUGGAAUACGAAUGGGGCGGGCCUGUGGGCGCUCUAGCUUUGACAGUGCUCCUCCCGGCCUUUGUGCUUAUCAUCAAUGUGCAGUGUGGAGAAGAACAGUGCGCAGUUACUGGCAUUUAUAAUCUUCCUACGGAAAUUUUGGAGACUAUCCGGGCGUCCCUUUCUCAACUUCCAUUUGCAAUUGGGCUGGAGUUGGCGUGGUUGCUGUUGCAUGCGCUGCUCUACAUGGUUCCUAUUGGUGGGCGAGUGAAAGGGACGAAGCUGCGUAACGGGAAAACCCUUGUUUACAACAUGAAUGCUGUGUAUGUAUUUGUCUUUACUCAUGCUGUUUUGGGCGGUCUUCACUACAAUGGCAUUUUUCGCUUGGCAGGCCUGGCGGAGAUGUUUGCGCCCCUCAUGAUUGCCUCAAUCAUAAUCUCCACUGGCAUGAGUAUUGUGCUCUAUUUAGCAUCCUUCCGCGCACCGACAGUGCUGCUUUCUUUGGGAGGCAACACCGGGAAUCCUGUUUACGACUUUUGGAUGGGGCGCGAACUAAACCCCCGAACUGGCUCACUUGACUGGAAGUUUAUGUGCGAAUUACGCCCAGGUCUUAUUGGAUGGAGUGUACUGAAUUGGGCCUUUGUGCUAAAGGCAGUGGAGGCUGGUACUUGUACUCCCAGCAUAAUUAUAAUCGCCUUGCUGGAGUCAUUUUACGUUUUUGAUGGACUUUUACUCGAGUCAGGGACCCUGACGAUGAUGGAUAUUGUGCACGAUGGAUUUGGUUUCAUGUUAUGCUUUGGUGACCUCACUUGGGUGCCCUUUACAUAUACGCUUAAAACCAAGUUCUUGGCGUAUCACCCUGUGAAGGUGAGCAACGCAUAUGUGGCGUUUUCUUGUAUGCUUGCUGUUUUCGGCUACGUCAUAUUUCGGGGCUCAAACCGUCAGAAAAAUAAGUUCCGUCAGAAUCCUCAUGACAAGGCGGUGAUGAAUUUGAAGGUGAUGGAGACAUCACGAGGAAAAUCGCUCAUCAUCUCUGGCUAUUGGGGCAUAUGUCGCCACCCCAACUAUGUUGGGGAUUGGCUCAUGACAUUUGCAUGGUCGGCACUGACGGGCAUAGAGGCAAUUUUGCCGUACUAUCAGCCGGUGUACUUCGCUGUUCUACUCAUACACCGUCAGCUGCGAGAUGAGCGUCAAAUGGCUGAGAAGUACGGCGAUGCCGACUGGAAAAAGUUAUGCAGCAUCGUUCGGUAUCGUUUGAUUCCUUAUGUGUACUGA